GUGAUAAUGCGCGUUUACUCCGAUCCCUUUUGUGUAAUGGAAAUAUUUGAUUCCUUGUGAAACAGUUACUUAAGUCAGUUAAGUACCUAUGUUUCGGAACCUUUAUGUAAUCUUUCACAGAUCCAAAUUGCCUCUAUAAAUACUUGUGAAGUGUCAAUUAAUGGCAUAUCCUCAGUUUCAUUUAAAUAGAAAUAAAGGGUUAUAUAUAAGGUUAAUACUGCCUCUUGUUCUAUCUCGCUUUUAUCGAGUAUCAAGCAUGAGCAAGCGGAAAGCGCCCUCCUCUGAAGACAAUCCUAAUCAUGACUUUUGUGAGUUUCUAAUGGAGCUGGCUGAAAAUGAAAGGAAUGUGAAUCGCAAUAUUCACAAGUACAAUGCUUACCGCAAGGCAGCAACCUCUCUCGCAGCACAUGCAACCAGGAUAAAAUCUGGAAAGGAAGCCUCGAAAUUAGAAGGUGUCGGUCAGAAGAUUGCUCAGAAAAUUGAUGAAUUUCUGGAAACUGGGAAACUAGCAAAAUUGGAAAAGAUUCGAGAGGAUGGAGUAGGACCUGCUAUUUCAACAUUGACUCGUGUAUCUGGCAUUGGACCAGCUAAAGCAAAAGAACUUUAUGAUCUUGGUAUCCGAACAAUCGAAGAAUUAAAGUUACAUGAAAAUAAACUCAAUCAUCAUCAGCGCAUUGGACUAAAAUAUUUUGAAGAUUUUGAAAAACGGAUUCCACGCGAUGAGAUCAAACAGGUAGAAGAAAUUAUAUCGUCAGAACUUACGAAGCUGGACAAAGACUUUCAAAUUACCAUUUGUGGAAGUUAUCGGCGAGGUAAAGCUGAAAGUGGAGACAUGGACGUUCUCAUCACCCAUCCUAAUUACACAUCAGAUAUGCCGAAAUCAAAAUCGGAGGCUUUAUUGAAGCAAGUUGUUUCUGCCCUUCAGAAAAUUGAACUCAUUACGGAUACAAUUUCAGUCGGAGAUGUCAAGUUCAUGGGCGCCUGUAAACCAAAGGACACAGCUCGGCGACUUGAUAUCAGAGUCACUCCGAUUGAUCAGUACUUUUGUGCUGUAUUAUAUUUCACUGGCAGUGACAUGUUUAACAAGCAAAUGCGAGCACAUGCAUUGCAGAAUAACUUUACUCUGAAUGAGUAUUGUCUGCGACCAAUCGGAUCCACUGGCGUCCCAGGAGCUCCUGUUCCAAUUUCCAGUGAGAAAAACAUUUUUGAAUACAUUGAUUUCCCGUACAAAUUACCAGAAGAGAGGAACUAGAGUGGAUCCCACAGUUAAGCAAAUACUAGUAUUCUCCACUACUUAUGUAAUUUUGAAAAAUUAUUUGUUUGUUUAUUUGUACUCUCGAUAAUCAUCGCAUAUGAGUCACUCAGGCUUAUUGUCUGAUCUAUAUUCUCAGGUAUUAGUCUAGAAAUUGCAGAAUUUCUUAUAUGACGUACAAUGUACUCCUACCCCUCCUCAUCCUCUUUAAAUUAUCUUCAUGGAGAAUGUAAGAGCCGAGAUGCAUGAAUGCAUACUAAUUACCUAUUUAGUACAGACCGAAAAAAUGUAAAAGAAUGUCGAAAAAAGUCUUUCACCAAAAUUUUUUCAUGAGCCCUGUAUUAAUCGUAUUGAAAUCCUCCUCCUCCCCUCUAAAUAUGAGAUAUGCCCCACAUGUGGAGAAAUAUAUGGCAACUAAGUAAACGGAUGUACUUUUUGUUCUAACAGCCUCUGCUUUCGUCUCCAAUAGCUUCUGAGGCUGUUAAUUUCUGUGUUUUUAUUAUUUUGUUAAAUCAUAUUUCAUUUUUAUAAAUCAAAUAAAUUGUGUUCGUUUUUGUAAAAGUAAA